CUCCCAGUCCUCCUCCAGUGCUCCCAGUCCUCCUCCAGUCCUCCCAGUCCUCCUCCAGUCCUCCCAGUCCUCCUCCAGUCCUCCCAGUGCUCCCAGUGCUCCCAGUAUGAGUGUGCAGCCCCGGAGGAUCCGUCUGAAGCCCUGGUUGUUGGCCCAGGUGAACAGCAGCAGGUAUCCUGGUCUACAGUGGCUCAGUCCAGACCAGCGCCUCUUCCAGAUCCCCUGGAAACACGCCACUCGCCACACGCCGGCGUCCGACGAGGAGAACACCAUCUUCAAGGCGUGGGCUCUGGAGACGGGUAAAUACCAGGAAGGUGUGGAUGAACCCGACCCCGCCAAGUGGAAAGCAAACCUUCGCUGUGCUCUGAACAAAAGCCGAGAGUUUCAGCUGAAAUAUGACGGCACCAAAGAAACUCCGGUCCAACCGUACAAGAUCUACGAGGUGUUCGAGCACAACGGGAACACAGACGGCGUGGACGACGAGGACGAGGAGAUGCCGAAUCUGAUGGAGCUGACGAUCAACCCCAGGACCAGUGACCCCCCCUCCUUCAGCUCUCAGUUCACUCUGUCCACCGGCGGGACGUUUGGACACGUGAUUCCUACUCCUCUGCUCCCCGCCAUGACCUCUGACCUCCCCAUGACCUCUGACCUCCCCAUGACCUCUGACCUCCAGCCUCAGGUUCAGAUGGUGCUGCCCCCCCCGGUGGCCUCCGCUGCGUCGGGGCCGAUGGAGGCGAGCGACCUCGGAGACGCUCCGAACCCCGAAACCUGCAAAUACGACCUGCUGAGCAGCGUCCCGCUAACAGAUCUGGACCUGAAGUUCCAGUACCGCGGCCGGACGGCGGGCUCUCUGACCGUCAGUAACCCUCAGGGCUGCCGGCUGUACUACGGACACCUGGAGCCGACCCCGGAGCAGGUGGACCUGUUCGGACCUGUCAGCCUGCAGCAGGUCCGGUUCCCGGGGACGGCCGACCUCCAGAACCAGAAGCAGAGGUUCUACACGGACGCCCUGCUGGACGUGAUGGACCGCGGCCUCAUCCUGGAGAUCUGGCAGCAGGACAUCUACGCCGUCCGCCUCUGUCAGUGUAAGGUGUUCUGGUCCGGACCCGGCGUCCCCGAACAGGGCCCCCCCAACCCCAUGGAGAGGGAGAAGAAGAUCAAAGUGUUCAGCCUCAACGACUUCCUGCAAGGCCUGAUCCUGUUCCAGAGAGGAGAAGCCCAGAACCCGCCCCCCUUUGAGAUCUACUUCUGCUUCGGGGAAGACUGGCCCGACAAGAAACCCAAAGAGAAGAAACUCAUCGUUGUCCAGGUGGUUCCUGUGGUGGCCCGGAUCCUGACAGAGAUGUUCUCUGGAGAACUCAGCUGGUCCACCGACAGCAUCCGGCUGCAGAUCUCAAACCCCGACGUGAAGGACCAGACGGUGGAGCAGUUCAAGGAGCUGCAGAGGCUCCUGCAGAGCCAACACAUCCACGGGCCCUGGACCCCCAACGUCCCCUAGACUGGGACCAGGACUGGGACCAGGACUGGGACCAGGACUGGGACAGGGGACCUGGUCAUCAGGUCCAGGACUGGGACAGGGGACCUGGUCAUCAGGACCAGGACUGGACAGGGGACCUGGUCAUCAGGACCAGGACUGGGACCAGGACUGGACAGGGGACCAGACAUCAGGUCCAGGACUGGGACCAGGACUGGACAGGGGACCAGUCAUCAGGUCCAGGACUGGGACCAGGAAUGUGUUUGUCUAUAAAGUUUUGUCCCGAUUAAUCAGCUGAAUGUAACAACAGACGACAUUUCAACCUUUUUCUUCAUGUGAAUCAUGUGACCACUUGUUUCAGGUCAUCAAAGUAUUUUUAAUAUAAAGUUCAUGAGCUCAUGUUCAAAGUGUUUCAGCUUCUUCUGGAUUUCAAUAAACAUAUUUUUACAGUU